AUGUGGCUCACCACUGGCCUGGUGAUCUUUUGGACAGUCCUGGCAGUGGUUAUCCUGGCUUGGAACUACCAGACGCGGAUCUACUUGAGCAUCGUCAAGGAGCCCACCUUGCCGGAGAUCAUGAACAUCUCAGGCCCCCGGGUGGACGCCAAGCACGUCAUCGUGGCGGCCAUCGAGCACACCAUCCCGGAGCGCGGGGUGAAGGUUAGUGCCGGAGGCCUGGGCAAGGUGCUGGACCAGAUGCUCAAAGAGCACCCCCCGUGCACUUUGAGCCUGGUCCACCCCAUGUUCGGCGACGUGAACUAUGGCGAGCUCGAGGAAUUCACGGUGCUGAGCUGCGUGGUGGAUGGCAAAGAGCAGUCGAUCACAGUCUUCACCCUGCAGAGCGAGGCCAACGGCCUGAAGCGCGUGUGGUACCUCCUCAAACACGAGCUCUUCACGGAGAAGGUGAAGAGCGCGCCCUAUCCGCCCUCCAUGACGAAAGUGAGGACGUUGCGGUACUUCUCCCUGUGGAACCAGGCCACCGCGAUGCUGAUCAAGAAGCUGAAGCCAGACAUCUACCACUGCAUGGACUACCACGCGGCGCUGGCGCCCUUGUACCUCGAGGCGCAUGAGCAGAUUCCCAUCAUCUUGGUGCUGCACAACGCCGACUACAUGGGAGUCAUUGACACGGACUUCAUCAGCGAUCGCUUCUGGAAGACAGUUACUCAGCUGCGGCGGUUGAGCCUCAUCUUGAACUUGCAGGUGUCGACCAUCCGAAAGUAUUGCAUGUUCGAGGGCCGGUUCAACAUGCUCAAGGCCGGUGUCACCUACAUCAAGCAGACCCAGGCGGGGUAUGGCAUUUGCGCUGUGUCGGAGAACUAUGCGGUGGAGCUGAAGCGUGAGCGCACGCUCUUCGCAGGGCUGCCGUAUCUCAUCAGCCUGGAUAAUGCCACAGACCCGGCGGAGGACAACAACUGCUCCCUGGACCGGCUGCGGGCGUUGCGCUUCGAGGCCAAGGCCCAGCUGCAGCGCCACUGCGGUUUGGACCCCGACCCGGGCGCGAAGAUCCUCAUCUUCAUCGGGCGCUGGGUGAAGCAGAAGGGCGUGGACCACAUCGCCAUGCUGACCCCCGCCUUCUUGCGGACCCACCCGGAGGUGCAGAUCAUUUUGGCCGGCCCGCCGGACGACGCCUGCGGCCUCUACGCGGGCACGCUGCUGGAACAGCUAGGUGAUGAGUUCAAGGGCCGGCUUUUCGUGUGCACCAAGUUCUUCAGGCUGCCAGAGGAGCUGCGCCGGGGGGCGCACCUCUGCUUCACCCCGUCCUGUGCCUCGGAGCUUGGAGCGAGCUUCGGUUUCUGGGGGCCGGG